GGUUUCUACCUCCGGAUGCAUCCAGACAGGAGCAUCGACGGGACAAAGGAAGACACCAACAGCUUCACUCUCUUUAACCUGAUCCCCGUGGGACUGCGCGUGGUCGCCAUCCAGGGUACCAAGUCGGGGCAGUAUAUCGCCAUGAAUGCAGAGGGCUACCUCUAUACCUCCGCUGACUUCACCCCCGAGUGCCGGUUCAAGGAGUGUGUCUUUGAGAACUACUACGUCACGUACUCCUCCGCCCUGUACCGCCAGCGCGAAUCCGGCCGCUCCUGGUACCUGGGCAUCAACAAAGAAGGGCAGCCCAUGAAGGGAAACCGAGUCAAGAAGACCAAAGCCGCCGCCCACUUCCUGCCCAAGCUGUUGGAAGUGGCCAUGUACCACGAGCCGUCGCUCCAUAACGUGGUGGACCCCUCGGCGCCCCAGAAAUCAGACGAGGCCGGGGCCCCCAGCAAAGAGACAGCCAAGCCCCACAAGGCGACGUAA